AUGUCGCGCAUUCUCGUCGGCCUCUCCGGAGGAGUCGAUUCCUCCGUCGCCGCUGCUCUCCUACUCGAGCAGGGACACGAAGUCGUCGGCGGAUAUAUGAAAAACUGGAUCAACGAAGAAAACAUCGCCGGCCACUGCCCCUGGGAACAAGAUGUCGAAGACGCCCAUGCCGUCGCCAACACCCUCGGCAUCGAAUUUCGCGUCAUCGACCUCAUCGACCAAUAUCGCCACCGCAUCGUCAACUACCUCCUCGAAGGAUACCGCUCUGGCAUCACCCCCAACCCCGAUGUCCUCUGUAACCGCGAAAUGAAAUUUGGCGUCUUCCUCGACUACGCCCUCCAACAAGGAUUCCACGGCGUCGGCACCGGCCACUACGCCCGCCGCCGCCACACUGCCAAACCAGCCACGCCCACUUCCCCUGUGGUGAAAUGCUCAAGCCCCAAGUCCGCCAAGCCCGCUCAUCGCUUCAACCUCCCCACCGCAGGAAAAAAAGACAGCCAAGGCAUCUGCUUCAUCGGCAAUGUCAAAAUGACCGACUUCCUCUCCCACUACGUCCCCGAUUCCCCAGGCCACAUCGUCGACACUCAAGAGAAAGGCCACGGCAUCGCCUCCCCACGAGAAGGCAUGGCCUACGUCGUCGUCGAGAAAAAUCAAAAUGAAAACCAACUCGUCGUCGGCUGGGACGAGGGAAACACCCCCGGCCUCUACGCCAGCCAAGCCAUCGUCGGCUCCCUCUCAUGGGUCAACGAACCCAUCGAAAAUGGAUCCAUCGAAGCCCAACCUCGCUACCGUGCCAAAAGCGAAAACGUCCAAAUCCAACCCCACGGCGACCCUCAAAACAAAAAACUAAAAAUCUCCUUCGCCCGCAAUCAACGCGCCCUCACCCCCGGCCAAAUCUGUGCCUUCUACGACAGCGGCAAACUCCUCGGCGGCGGCAUCUUCGAACAAAUUAUCCCCUAA